AACCCUAUUUCUCCGCUUCUUCCUCUUCUUUCUCCCCACGCCGCCGAUACUCGACGCCGCGUCGCCGCCGGCUGCCGACCGCCGUGCCCCCCCGUUCGUGUCGCCGUCGCCCUCGCUCGUCGCAGUUUCCGACGCUCAUCGCAGGAGCUUCGUCCGCGGUACCCUGUCCGUAACAUCGAGGACACUAGCUCGCUCCUGCUUGUCAGAAACCUUCUUCGCUUCCGUUCGCAACCACCUCCGGCAACAGUUGGCGAAAGGAGAUAACAUGGGCGGCUGGGUGAAGAGGAAGAGCGCCGGGAGCGAUCACGACGAUGACGUUGAUGGGAAGCCAAAAGGGAAGAAGAUCAAAAAGGACAAGACGCUUCCUUCCAUGAUUAAAAACAAGGAGAAGCGGAGCGAAGUAUAUUCUAAGCUCAAACGUGAGAAGAGGAUCGAGAAGCGGAAGCAGGCCAAAGCGAGAGAGGUUGCCAUCCAAAGAGCUCUCGAACUUGGCGAGGAGCCACCACAGAAGAGCGUGCCUCGGACCAUUGAGAACACCAGGGAAGUUGAUGAAACUAUUUGCCGACCAGAUGAUGAAGAGCUAUUUGCAGCAAACAAUGCAGAUGAAUUCAGUGGAAUACUAAAGCAGGAAAUAAUUCCAAAAAUACUAAUCACCACAAAUCGUUUCAACUCCACUAGAGGUCCUGCUUUAUGUGAUGAGUUGGUAUCAGUGAUUCCCAAUGCUCAUUUCUACAAGAGAGGAACUUACGAACUGAAAAAGAUUGUUGAAUAUGCGAAGAACAAAGACUUCACUUCCAUCAUUGUGGUCCAUACAAAUCGCAGAGAACCAGAUGCAAUGCUGAUAAUAGGCUUGCCUGAUGGACCCACUGCACACUUUAAACUAUCCAACUUAAUUUUGCGGAAGGAUAUCAAGAAUCAUGGAAACCCUACAAGUCAUAAACCGGAGUUAGUACUGAACAACUUUACUACUACAAUUGGUCAUCGUGUUGGCAGGAUGAUACAGUCACUAUUUCAUCAAGAUCCCAAUUUUCGUGGUCGUCGUGUUGUAACUUUCCACAAUCAACGUGAUUUCAUAUUUUUUAGACACCACAGGUAUAUAUUUGAAACUAAAGAACAAAAAGUCAAUCCCAAAGAAAAGGCGGCUAAGGACUCCAAAAGCAAAAAUUUACCUCAACAGAAAGUGAUUGCACGUCUUCAGGAGUGUGGCCCUCGCUUUACUCUUAAAUUAAGGACCUUGCAAAACGGUACAUUUGACACCCAAGGCGGAGAAUAUGAAUGGGUACACAAGUCGGAUAUGGAUACCAGUCGCAGGAGAUUUUUCCUGUAAGCCUGUGGUUUUGCUUUGGAGAUGCAAACGUUAUCCCCUUCCAAGUGUUCCGAGUUUCAACUGUUGCGUGCUUUGUAAUUUUUUUUUGGUAAUAUUAAUUAAGUCAAGCCUUUUUGGGAACAAUUGUUUAUCGAGCACUUAUAAAUAUACGUCAGAACAAUUGUUCAUGGAGUUUGGGAAUGUUAACGGAAUUUCAGCUUAUAUUUAUUA